ACUGUCUCGUGAUUGGAUGAUUGUUGAAUUUAAACCUCCAAACGUCCGUUGCCAAAACACACAAGCUCUCGGUUGGAAAGUGUCGGAGCCACUCACCGGUGCAUCUCGUUUGUCUCCAGCUCCGAAUCUCCUCCAUUCCCCAGUUUAUUGCCCUAGUAUUUAUAAUUGAUUAGCUUUUAUCCCUUCGUUUUGAAAACCCUCGGGGACAAGGUUUUCUACUAUCUUUAUUGGACUGAGAGAAUAUCGAGAGCACAAUGUCGAAGGACGAGAAAGAGUCCAUCAUUCCGGACAUCAUCUACGACGACAAGUCCGGCAAGAGUUACAUCAAGGGAAGAUUCUUUGGCAAGGGUGGAUUCGCAAAAUGCUACGAGAUACGUGAAUCCAAGAGUCAGGCAGUCUACGCUGGUAAAAUUGUAAAUAAAAAUAUAAUGACUAAGAGCAGUCAACGUGAAAAGAUGACUCAGGAGAUUGCGAUUCAUCGUAGCUUAAAUCACGUUAACGUCGUUGGAUUUCAUGGUUACUUCUACGAUGUCCACAAUAUCUACAUCAUCCUUGAAUUAUGCAGAAAACGGUCGAUGAUGGAGCUCCACAAACGCAGAAAAGCCUUGACAGAAUGUGAAACUCGUUACUUCAUGAAGCAGAUCCUCGAUGGUGUCAACUACCUCCAUAAAAAUCGCAUCAUCCAUCGUGACUUGAAGCUGGGCAAUCUCUUCCUGAAUGAUGAAUUACAAGUGAAAAUUGGUGAUUUUGGAUUGGCCACUAAACUGGAGCACGAUGGUGAAAGAAAAAAAACUCUUUGUGGCACCCCAAACUACAUAGCCCCUGAGAUCCUGACAAAAGUCGGUCACUCGUACGAAGUGGACGUCUGGAGUAUCGGUUGCAUAAUGUAUACCCUGCUCGUGGGUAAGCCCCCUUUUGAGACCUCUACUCUGCGCGAGACAUACGCCCGAAUAAAGCAGGUCCAGUACAAGACUCCCACAAAUGUCAGUCCAACAGCCAUCACGAUGAUCUCCGACACACUCCAGGGUGAUCCCUCCAAGCGUCCCAGUGUGGCUAAGCUGCUGAAGGAUCCCUUCAUCACAACAGGCUUUCUCCCCCAGAGUCUUCCCCUGUCCUGUCUGACGAUGGCCCCACGCCUGGACACCUUGGAGACGUACAACAGUCGCAAGCCCCUAACGGAGAUGAAUCAGAACGACGAGGUCCAUGAGUCCCCCAAAAUCAAAGUACCAAGCUUACCAACACGCAAACCCAAGACGGAGGUCCUGACUGAGGUACAGCAAACCAGUCGUAACAUCAGACGAAUGUUGUUGACCUUGAGGGAACAGGUGGGCGCUGUUCUGAGUUCGAAGCCAGCGCGCAGGGAUGCAUCAUCAGCUGUUGAAAUGACAGAUCCAGCAGCCCAGCCCAUAAUGUGGGUGAGCAAGUGGGUGGAUUAUUCAGACAAGUAUGGAUUUGGAUACCAACUCUGUGACGAUGGGGUCGGGGUCAUGUUCAACGAUGGCACUAGGCUCAUUGUCCUUGCCAAUCAGUACAAUAUUCAUUACAUUAAUAGAGAGGGUUACGAAGUGUACUACACCAUCAAAGACUAUCCACCCACCCUGGAGAAGAAGAUGAAGCUUAUAAAUUUCUUUCUUCAGUAUAUGAAUGAAUAUCUGAUAAAGGCCGGAGGGUCUGUCACUGUUAAACAGAGCGACUCAAUGUCCAGGAUACCCUACAUGCAUCAGUGGUUCCGCACUCAGACUGCUGUGGUCAUGCAACUAACUAACGGAUCUGUUCAGAUAAAUUUCUUGGACCACACGAAGAUAAUCAUGUGUCCCCUGAUGGCAGCCGUAACUUACAUCGACAACGACAGAAAUUUCAGGACCUAUCGCUUCGAGACGAUUCAGCAGAAUGGCUGCAGUGCUGGUCUAGCCGAAAAUCUUGAGUAUGCAUAUGAAAAACUCACUCUAAUGAUAUCAAAUCUUCAAGGACGAUAAUUCCAGGAGUUCUGUUAUUCCUCUGUUUAUGUCUACGUAUUACAAAUAUUCGACCGUCCUCUCCCUAAUGAGAAUUAAAUCGGACAUGGAAAGUGAAAAAGCGGAAAGAUUUUCAUUCUGACUAGACCAGUGGUAAGCCAACAGCUGCGAGACUAUUUAAAUUUAAUGUUAAUUAAUGCUUUCCAUAUCAAUUACUCGUGAGAACGAGAAUUUCUGCAUUGCUACGUGUCUCAGUCUCACGAGCCUCAACCCCCCUCCUCCAUAAAUCAAUGAUUAAUCAUCGAUGAGCAACUGUAAAUAUUAAACAUGGAUGAUUAAAUUAUAUUUUCGACUAUGAACUAUUUUUUAUAUGAAAAUUCAAAUAGAUCAUAGAAUCAGUGGUAAGUUUGCAUCAUAAAAAAUGGAUGAAUGGUGAGUAUUGCAUGAUUGAAUGAUCGAAGUGGAAUAGAAACUGCUGAAAUGAUGAAAUUGUUAAUGUGAAUGUACUUCAGUUAAUCAUCAUUUUUAAUUUGUUCAUUAAUUCUCGACUGAUAUGUCAUGUACUUGCUCUUUCUAUCUUGAAGAAAUAAAGAUCCUUUUCGUACCUUUUAAACUACUUUCAUCGUCGUCCUCUGGGAAAAUACUUCAAUAGAACAUCUUUCUCGUUCAAUAAACGAUUGAAAUUAAUGUCCCUCUAUCAUAAAAAUUUAUCGGACACUUGAAACGGAUAAGGACAACACUUUCACUCUGACUUGACGCGUAUCGAGCGACAAAUGCGAGACUAUUCAAUUUUAAUGUUGAUCACUACUUUCAAUAUCGAUUACGAGCGUCAUUCUCCCUGAUUAAAGAGUUAUAAUCAACAAUAAGUGAUUAUAACUAUUAACCGUAGAUCAUUAACUCAUAUUUUUGACAUAAAGCAUCUUUACACAAAAAAUCAAAUGGAUAAUCGAAUGUGUGAAUAAUCCGAAAUUGAAUGGAAUGGAAACUUACGAUAAUGAACUUUAUUAUGCAAAUGUCAUUUAAUCACUUAUUUUAAAUUUAUUCAUUAAUUCUCGACGAAAAUGUCCUGUAUUUGUUCUUUUAUCUGGCGAAAAUAAAAAUCCUUUUUGUACAUUAUAAAA